AUGACUUCUCCAGAGGAUGCAUUCCAAGAGCUGGUCGACCUUUUCGGCUCUCGGGGUGAUCAAGUCCUCGAGAUUGAAAUCAUUCCGCCAAGUCUAGGUUCUCAAUUUCUUCGAGAUGGAUGCGCCGUGGGGAUUUCUAAAAAGGCUUUGGUCCAAGCCUUUACGAUCGCACGACAGAUCUUCUUCGAGACUUGCGUCUCGAUGAGUGGGCGAGAUUUGCUCUCGACCAUAUCACCAGGGCAUUCAAGCUCUGCUUCCGGAUCAGAGACUCGUGCCACGGAGAUCAUGCUCUUAUUUGACUGUGAACAUUUAACUGCGUGCAAUUGGCGCAAACGUCGUUUGCUUGCAGCCCUCUUGCACACAGGAAAUGAGGAUUUUCCAAUCCAGUCAUCCCAGUUGGCGCAGAUGCUGAAGACAGAGCUGACGCUCCUUGAAAGUUACCAGUGCUCGCCACUGCAUCGCCAUACCAAGUCGCCAACAUUGUGGUCACACAGACUUUGGGCCAUCAAGUGUCUUGUUGAGAUUGAAACGCCAAGUGCUGAGGUUCUACGGCAACAGCAGUGUCAUGAAUUGGAGGUUGUACUUCGCGCUGCAGACCUUCAUCCACGCAAUUACUAUGCUUUUACAUAUAUGCGCCAUGCGCAUCAGUUUCUCACAAGUACUGCGGUGGCGGCCGAGAAGGGGAGCAACGAUACCUGGCGAGCAACGAUGGCAGAAGCGCUUUUGACUCCUAUGCUGGACUGGUGUCUUGCUCAUCCGCGUGAUAUCUCUGGGUGGUCGUUUAGUUUGUACGUCCUCGAUCAUGGCUACAGCCAGCAGAGCCGCGUAGGAGCCAUCGAAAGGGUUCUCCGGUUCGCGCUGGAUGUUGGGUGGGAAGGCGAGAGCCUAUGGACGUUUGUUGCUCAGACAGUGCAUCGGUUUGGCUUGGAGAAUCUGGCUGUGCGUAUCCUUUCCCCGGUCCACCAGAAGGAAGACUCAUCCAUUGCCGUGGCCGGAGGAGGAUCAUGGCGAACCUGGUUGACCAAGGCUCAGGCGUACUGGGCUUGUACCCAAGACCGACCUGGGCUCUGA